AACUGUAUGUGUGUCUGUCCAACAGGAGGACGAGAGUGUCAAUGAAAUCAACAUCACCAACCAUACCAAGGAGGGGUCAGAGAAGGGUGACCCUCGACAGUUCGAGCUCCGCAAGGUCCUAGGACAAGGCUCCUUCGGAAAGGUGUUCCUGGUCAAGAAGGCUACAGGUCCAGAUGCAGGACAGCUCUAUGCCAUGAAGGUUCUGAAGAAAGCCACACUGAAAGUGCGUGACAGGGUGAGGACUAAGAUGGAGAGAGACAUUCUGGUGGAGGUCAACCAUCCCUUCAUCGUUAAACUGCACUAUGCAUUCCAAACAGAAGGGAAACUCUACCUCAUCCUGGACUUCCUACGAGGAGGAGACCUCUUCACACGACUGUCUAAAGAGGUGAUGUUCACAGAGGAGGAUGUGAAGUUCUACCUGGCAGAGUUGGCCCUGGCGCUGGACCACCUUCACAGCCUGGGCAUCAUCUACAGAGACCUCAAACCAGAGAACAUUCUGCUAGACGAGGAGGGACACAUUAAGCUGACGGACUUCGGCCUCAGUAAGGAGUCUAUAGACCAUGAGAACAAAGCCUAUUCGUUCUGUGGGACAGUGGAGUACAUGGCUCCGGAGGUGGUCAACAGGAGAGGUCACACCACCAGCGCUGAUUGGUGGUCCUACGGCGUGCUCAUGUUUGAGAUGCUGACCGGAACACUACCAUUCCAGGGGAAAGACCGCAAGGAGACCAUGACCAUGAUCCUCAAGGCUAAGUUGGGGAUGCCACAGUUUUUGAGUUCCGAAGCCCAGAGUCUCCUGAGGAACCUUUUCAAACGCAACCCUACUAACAGGCUAGGGGCCGGCCCAGACGGAGUGGAGGAGAUUAAAAGACAUCACUUCUACUGCACCAUAGACUGGAACAAACUGUUCCGUAGAGAGCUCCACCCUCCCUUCAAACCUGCUACGGGACGACCUGACGACACCUUCUAUUUCGACCCAGAGUUCACCGCUAAAACACCCAAAGAUUCCCCGGGGGUUCCGCCCAGUGCCAACGCCCACCAGCUGUUCCGAGGAUUCAGCUUUGUAGCCAUUACAUCAGAGGAGGAGACACAACCACUACAGACUACUGUAGUACAGCAGCUACACAGGAAUAUGUCCCAGCUGUCAGAAGCAUAUGAAGUCAAGGAGGAAAUAGGACUGGGAUCAUACUCUGUCUGCAAACGCUGUAUACACAAGGCCACUGGCAUGGAGUACGCGGUUAAGAUCAUCAGUAAGGCCAACAGAGACCCAACAGAGGAGGUGGAGAUCCUAAUGAGAUACGGACAACAUCCCAACGUCAUCACACUAAAGGACGUGUUUGAUGACGGUAGGACAGUGUAUCUGGUCACAGAGCUGAUGAAGGGAGGAGAGCUGCUGGAUAAGAUACUGAGACAGAAGUUCUUCUCAGAGAGAGAAGCUAGCGCUGUCCUAUACACCAUCACCAAGACUGUUGAGUACCUACACAUACAGGGGGUGGUGCACAGGGACCUGAAGCCCAGUAAUAUCCUGUAUGUGGAUGAGAGUGGGAACGCUGAGUCCAUCAGGAUCUGUGACUUUGGUUUUGCCAAGCAGCUGAGAGCUGAGAACGGCCUGCUGAUGACGCCGUGCUACACAGCUAACUUUGUAGCUCCAGAGGUGUUGAAGAAGCAGGGUUAUGAUGCUGCCUGUGACAUCUGGAGUCUAGGAGUCCUACUCUACACUAUGCUCACAGGGUUCACUCCGUUUGCCAACGGUCCAGAGGACACACCAGAGGAGAUCCUGGCUCGGAUCGGCAGCGGGAAGUUCUCUCUGACCGGAGGAUACUGGAACUCUGUUUCAGCAGAGGCCAAGGAGCUGGUGUCUAAGAUGUUACACGUGGACCCCCACCAGCGUUUGACAGCCGGCCAGGUGUUGUGUCAUCCCUGGGUCACACACCGAGACCACCUUCCCAAGUUCACACUGACCAGACAGGACGCUCCACACCUGGUCAAGAGCGCCAUGGCAGCCACCUACUCUGCCCUCAACAGGAACGUUCCACCUGUCCUGGACCCCGUGGGAUGUUCCACUCUAGCCCAACGGAGGGGGGUGAAGAAACUCACCUCCACUGCCCUCUGACCGUUGACAUUUCACCUCAGACUUAUAACCCUGCUGGAGCUCUGCUCAGACAGACCUGGUUCCUCAGAUGACCUGGACAGAACUCUGAUGCACCUGGGACCCCCCUGACCCUGCUCAGUUAUUAACUAACCCAGUGGUCUUCACCCCUGGUGCUGGAGACCAGGGCUGGAACUACAGCCUAUAGCUCUGUUGGACCAGGGCUGGAACUACAGCCUAUAGCUCUGUUGGAUCAGGGCUGGAACUACAGCCUAUAGCUCUGUUGGACCAGGGCUGGAACUACAGCCUAUAGCUCUGUUGGACCAGGGCUGGAACUACAGCCUAUAGCUCUGUUGGACCAGGGCUGGAACUACAGCCUAUAGCUCUGUUGGACCAGGGCUGGAACUACAGCCUAUAGCUCUGUUGGACCAGGGCUGGAACUACAGCCUAUAGCUCUGUUGGACCAGGGCUGGAACUACAGCCUAUAGCUCUGUUGGACCAGGGCUGGAACUACAGCCUAUAGCUCUGUUGGACCAGGGCUGGAACUAUAGCCUAUAGCUCUGUUGGACCAGGGCUGGAACUACAGCCUAUAGCUCUGUUGGACCAGGGCUGGAACUACAGCCUAUAGCUCUGUUGGACCAGGGCUGGAACUACAGCCUAUAGCUCUGUUGGACCAGGGCUGGAACUACAGCCUAUAGCUCUGUUGGACCAGGGCUGAUGGUGACCACAUUGUAGCGUCUCUCCAGUCUUUGCUUUGGACAAUUCGUGUUGCCUCUAGACUCAAGAGACAAUUGUCAGGAACAUGAAUGUGCUGUAUUUAGAUGUCUGUACUUCUGGGAACAUUUGAGAUACCUGCAUUAUGCAUUUAAGACCCAUAUUAAAAUGAUGAUGAACUGUAUAAUGUAGCUCUGUGUAUAAACCUAAGUAGCCUCAAAGACAAUACAAUAUGUACAAUAUGAAGAUAGGCUAAAACGGCUUCUCCAAUAGAAAUCCCAGACCACACUUUUCGGCAAUGUUCUGGCAAUGUUGGCUAGCUAAGCUCAUGCGUAGAAUCAUGUCAUCGGGUCUAACGGUCGUCUCGUGUCAAAUCAAAGGCACUCCUUCCAUAUCAUUUUUUGGGAAAAUGUGUCCGUUAGUCAAUUUCACGAGGUUGGAGUAAUAACACGCUCAACUACUUAAGAAAUUGGAUCAAUUCUAGGUUGUGGAUUUAGAUUUUGAGAAAAUGAACAACUAAGGAAGAAUGUUUUACUUUUCUCAUUGACUUCACAACCCCCAAACCCUGGUCAGAUUGGUCUGUUUCGCAAGCGUUCACAUAUGUCUAACGAUGUUGCAUCUCUGGGUUUAGAAAAUCUGUGGUAACCUCUUCUGUGACUGAGUCAUCAGACAGGGACAAAACUAGUGAUGUCAUCAGAGUGAGAGCAGGUAGAGCUCCACUGACCCCGCCCCCUAUGUAGAGACAAGCUCCUCCCAGUCAGCCACAACAUCCAGAGUGAGGCCAGUCUGGACUGAGGUCCAAUCAUGGCUUUGGUGGGCCAGUCUGGGUACAGCCUGCCCUGUCCACGCCACACCUCAACAUUUACAGACACCAAGGGAAACCUGAUCCUCGACCAGUGUUAAGCAGUGGUUAUCUGGACAGCGAGCCUGUGUAUAUGUUGAUGCCUUCAAAUGCUCUUCAGGACUCCUCUGAACCUUGUGUUUCCCAGUUCUUAGGUACAUUUGAAAGCAGCAUGCUUGGAUGACGCCAUGAGGAGUCUGUGUCCGACACUGACCUGACACUACUGUUCCAGUACAGCAGCUCAGGUUUCUAGAUGAAAUACCAUGCAUUUUAUAAGUCCAUUAACUGUGCCAUGUAAGCACACAGGUGGGGUGGGAGAGGUCCAUGGAUGUAGAAAUGUGUGGAUAGAAGGGACAUGAUAUUUUAUGCUGAAUUGAACCCUUUCAACCUGCCAUCUGGAAUGGCAUGACACAGUUGUGGAGGUAAUCCAGUAUGUUACUGUAUGGGCCAGCUGGCACCUGCUGACUUCUGGUCAAUCCCUUUAAAGCACUGUCUAAUUGAAUGAAAAAAUAUGUAGCUACAGUAUCAAUGACUUGUAGCAGUAGUAUUGAAUUAAUGAGCUGAUCCUGGAUCGGUGGACAACUCCUACCUAUUCGAUCGCUCUCCCUCAGCUCUUCUGUAUGUGUUGUAACACAGUCUUUCAGGUUCUGCUUGACUGGUAGCAGAGCUGUAAGCUUGUGUGUUUGAGAUGUCUAUUUGUUUUUUUCCCCUUCCAGUUUGAGAGUAGAUGAGAUGUAUUUUUUCUCUCCUUCCUCUGUCCCUAUCCAGUGGAGAUAGUGUCCCUUCCUCCACCCCUGCUGCUGUCUCCUCUCUCUGGUUUUGUAUCUCAGUGGAGUCACAGUAGGACUUUGUAUUGAACAUAAUAAAAAUACCUUCAGUAUA